AUAUGACCCUUAUCCAAAAUCUGACAGACACACAAAAGUCGUGAUAUAAGCACACUCAAUGGAGCGUGCUAAAAACACCUACUUGUGAAUUAAAAUUCCGUCAUAUGGUUAUUAGGAAUGUUAGAAAAAUAUAGAAUAAAGUGGGUAUUUUUUCUGUCAUGAAAUAUUAUAAUAGUAUAUGAGUACAGUGAUGAGUAUUAUAGCUUUGCUUAGUGGCAAAACAAUAACGUAAACAAAUGGCAUAACUGUUUGUAGUACACAGUAAAAUUAACUGUAAAUAUUUAUUUAAUUUAGUAAUUGUGUAAUUAUUAUAAUUCAACCGGCAAUGUUUUAUACUUAUGAAAUUUCUUGAAGAAUGCAAAACAUUACUCUUAAAUAUUAAUGGAAUCGGUAGAUUUAGAUUAAAUACACGUUACGUAUUUGAUUGAAUUUAGUUAAAAUUUUAACAAAGAUACAUAUUCGAGAGUUACAAAAUAAAAGACUAUGAUAAAAUUUCUUAAAUAAGAGUAAUUGUAUAUUUGCAAAAAAGCUUCAAAGCUUACAUUAGUAAGGAACACGUUUGUGAAACAUAACCUUAUGAAUACGUAAUGUAUGUUAUGAUUUUAUUGACAAACGGAGUUUAUUAACAUACAAACAUUGUUUAUUUGUACAAACACAGUCGAAACAACAUAUGUGAGUAAUUUUUUACAUUUGUUAAUAUGUAUCUAAGUGAUGUUGUUUUUCCAUUAUAUUUUAUUCUUUACAUCCUAUAGUACCGACGUAGUUAAGUAAUUGAUAGAUGGCAGUAGGUCUAGCACGUAGCUUCAGCACGUGUAUUGAUUAUCGUAGGUGGAGGUAACAUCGGCGGGAGAAUCAAUAUUACUCUUCGCCGGCGUUCUGUCGUCAUUUUCAUCGUGAAAUUUUUUGUGUGCAAACGACACAUAGUUUUCUUUGGCAGUGUAUAAAUUUCUAUACUGUGCCAUUGUUAACAAUCCAACCAGUGCAACAUUGAGCUACAAUGUAGCAUCGUUGCAGUGUAAACGAUCGUUUUUUCGCUUCAGCUGAAAUUUCUUUUCAUCGCUUUUAUCGUAAUAUCUAUAUUUAAGUUUUCACCUACUACGAGUAAGUGCUUCUGCGAUUCUACAACAUUCUGUAUCGGACAAGUUAUUUGGAAAAGUAACUUGUCGAAAUAAAUUACUACAAUACUUUGCAAAAAGUGAUUUAUAAUAGACAACAAAUAAAACGAAAGCGUUAAUUCAAUACGGAAUACCCGAAUUACUAAGAAGACGAGUUGUACAGUCAGCUGAUCGAAAUUACCGGAGGCAACAUAGAUUAAAGUGAUCGUUUAACAAGGGAGUGCAAAUUAACGGAAAUUAAAAAUUGUCAAAAAUAAUCAUCAGAGGAAUCAGUAAUUUAUUAUUUAAAAGCUGCAAUCGUUUUUCUCAAUAAAAUUGAAUACUGCAAAAUUAAUCGAUAGCGCCUUCGCUGAAGCGAUCGAUACGAAAAAGAAGCUUAAGUAACAUAAAAUAGGAAAAGCUCUGUACUGAGAGCUAUCAUCUACAGCAAUUAUUAAGAACGGUUUUCUAUGCGGCAAGAAUCUCAGAACGGUCUGAAGAUCAGACCACCGGGUGAUCACGGCGGUGUACAUCACGGCGGAUUCAUGUUCGAAGAAGACAUGGCUGGCGCCCAAGAUACAAUAUACCUGUGCAAUUUUCGAGUGUCUGUAGAUGGCGAAUGGCUCUGCUUGAAAGAGCUUCAGGAUGUUGAUUUCUCGUUACAAGAUUCGAUGCAACGAACGCCGUCGCCACCGCUCGCUCUUAGUGCACGGGAUCCAGUCAUCAUCGAAAGGAGUAAUCUCGUUAACAUUUCGAAAUUAAUUGUAAAAGAAUUGAUCGAAACGUCUUUGAAAUAUGGUCGCAUGCUCGAUUCCGAUCAUAUGCCGUUGCAACAUUUCUUUAUUGUUCUUGAACAUGUACUUAGGCACGGUUUGCGACCUAAAAAGGGUAUCCUUGGACCUAAAAAAGAACUUUGGGAUAUACUUCAACUUGUUGAAAAAUAUUGUCCUGAAGCGCAGGACAUUACGUCCAGUAUUCGUGAUCUACCCACAGUUAGGACGGCUAUGGGUAGAGCACGUGCAUGGUUACGUAUGGCAUUAAUGCAAAAAAAGCUAGCAGAUUAUUUAAAAGUCCUAAUUGAUCAUAAAGAAGAUAUAUUGUCGGAGUAUUUCGAGCCAGAUGCUCUAAUGAUGAGUGAAGAAGCAAUUGUUAUAAUGGGUUUGUUAGUGGGUUUAAAUGUGAUUGACUGCAAUCUUUGUGUGAAGGAAGAAGAUCUUGAUUGUCAACAAGGUGUAAUUGACUUUUCAAUAUAUCUACGAAAUAGUAAUCAUAUACCUGGUGAAUCUCCAGAUGAUGAACUUGAAAAUGACAAUAUGACUACAGUUCUAGAUCAAAAGAAUUAUAUCGAAGAAUUGAAUCGACACUUGAAUGCAACUGUAACAAACCUUCAAGCCAAAGUAGAAUCUUUGACAACAACAAAUGCCCUCAUGAAGGAAGAUCUUGCUAUUGCCAAAAAUAAUAUAUUAUCGCUUCACGAAGAGAACAGACAAUUGAAAAAGGAGUUAGGGAUUGAAGUCAAAGAUACAAAUGAGAAUGGGAAACCACCUAUUAAAAUUACUGAAACGACAGCAGAAAUUGAAGAGUUGAGAAGUAGGCUGGAAGCAGAAAAGAAAAUGCGCCAGGAUGUAGAGAAGGAAUUAGAAUUACAGAUUAGUAUGAAGUCUGAAAUGGAAGUGGCUAUGAAACUAUUGGAAAAAGAUAUCCACGAGAAACAAGAUACGAUCAUAUCGCUGCGACGACAGCUCGAUGAAAUCAAAUUAAUCAACUUGGAAAUGUACAAAAAGUUGCAGGAGUGUGAGCACGAACUAACACAAAAAGGCGAAAUGGUGAGCCGGCUUCACGCGAAGACAAAUCAAAUUGGCAAGAUCCUACAUAAUCUUGAGAAAUAUAAUCAUCUGAUGAAGGAUGGAGAAAACAUUCGUAGUCCUACUACACCAAGUAGUGUUUCUAAAUCAAUUCUUAAUAAGACCAGCCCCACUUCACCACGAGGUGAAAAGCUUACAAGGCUUUCAUCAUCAGAUAAUGUUACCACAACUGUUCAUCAGCAAAAUUCUUCUACUAAUCAACAACAGUCUCCUAAUAGUCAACAUCAGUCUGCUAAUACUCCACAGCUUUCCAGUAGUAAUGGUCAACAAUGUAAUAAUCAACAACAAUCUGCUAAUAAUCAACAGGAUUCUUCUAGUAACAAUGAACAAACGAAGAUUAAUUCUCAGCUUCAAAAUGCAAACAGCAAGGAAUUAACAAAAUCUGAAAAUAUUUUACAGGAGAAUAAAUCCACUAACGAGAUUUCUUUUAAUGCUUUAACACAAGAAAAAGCAAAUGCAUAAAAGAACUCUAUCUUUUUCCAAUUUUCAAAAUUCAUUUUUAUAUUUUAUACUUUUAAACUCUAUUAAUAUUUCAACUAGUGGAAAAUAUGUAAGAAAUAGCAAUUUCUUUACAUAGAAUAUGUUUCUGAAAUGUUUAGUAUACAUGUAAAUGAAAACAGUAAAUACUUAAAUAUAAUAUCAGUUAGCAAUUCUGUACAUAAUUUGAUUCUGUAAAUAAUUUCUGUAAUUAUUUUGUUUUCAGUAUUAAUAUCUUUCUAUAAUUUAAGUAUUUGUUAUUCUUUUGAAUUGCAAACUAUAAUUUGUAACUAAAUUACUGAAAAAACAAAAAUUAAUUAAAUAGCUAGAUAUGAUUAACGUAAAUUAUUUAAUUUAAGAUAUUAUAUAUUAUAAUAUUAACACAGUAGCCUAAAAGUUUUAAGAUAAUUGAUAUGUUAUAUGUAUUAUGAUUAUAUUGUUGUUAUGAGUAAAAUUCAGUCAUAAAAUGUUCUUAAAUCUUUCAGAAACAUUAUAUACCACUAAUGCUAAACAAGUAUAUCAAGUUAUGACAUUUUUUUCAACACAGAAUUUUAUACAUUCGAAAUGUAUAAAAAAUUUUGAAAUUUUCAUCAAAUAUUUAACAUCUAAUUAUUUAGGAAUUUGUACAUCAGCAAGCUUGUAAUAAAAUAUUUAUCAAAGUGUGUCUUUAUUGAGACACUCUACAGAAUUAAUUAUACUCUGCUGCAAUAUAAAUCAUUAUUAUGUGUACAGAACUAUUGAAGACAAUAAUGUCAGUAUAGAUUUUUCUUGAGCUGUUGUUUUUUCUGCAAAGCUAAACUUAGUAUAUUUAUUACUCAUACAAUAUUAAUCAUUUAUUAAUUAUUGUAUUCCGCAUAGAGUGUCUCAGUAUUUGCUUGAAGUCAAGUUCGAAUGCAUUUUAAUAACAGUAUGUUUUGAAUAGUAACUUUUGUUAUGGUGGCAGCAAUUUUUACAACAUAGUUUGUCAUUGCAUGUUGUCAUGCUACAAGGGAAAUUGCUUGUAAUUGUAUUCUAUCCUUGAUAUAUUCAUGAUGAAAGCUUUCCUAGAAACGUUCAUGGUAAAUGAAAGGCUUAAAUCCUUAUGAAGAAAACUAAAGUAUCAUAAAGUACUUGAAUAAUUUUGUCAUCAUAUUCUAUCAUAUAUUACAUGGUUUCAAUUCUUUUGUAAAGCUGUUUUAUAUUUAACAUUACAUUAUAUUGUUACAGGUUGAUUAUAAGUGUUGUACGAUUUCAGGUUUAUUUUUAGUCCCUAGAAAGAGCAGUUCAUUCCACAUUUUACUGAAAUAGAGUUUAUUUCAGGAGUGUGAAGGCUCGCUUAAGCAUAAAACAGAACUGAUCACUAAAUUGGAGGCUAAGACAUUAUCCAUGACCGAGACCAUCCAAAAAAUGGA